AUGUUUCCCAUCUUGGCAUCCGCCGCUACCCGUCUAAUCGAUUGGGGUGGACGUCCGGGCGGUUCGGGUGCACGCCUGCCUUUGCGCACGCGCCCUCGGUAUGGAAGGUAUAAGCGAAAAGAACAUUUGUUCGUCCUUCAGUCACCGUCUGUUGGUGAUACACGAUCAGAUUGCACCCGUUUACGAAGGCGUAGGAACGCCGACGUGCAUGUUCGCAAGCAUUCACGCAUAGACGCUCAUAUCAGAAGCUCGGCCUUGGAAUACCAUCAAGUAACACAGUCACUGUCAUCUGAGUGGAACAGUCCUAUCUCUCUUGCGUUCGCCAUGCACGAACGUAGAGCUCUAUGGAGUUUCCUGCACUUACUUCCCCUGCUCCUCUUCCUCCUUCAACCGUCAUAUGGAGACUAUGUGGUGAAGGAGGUCGCUGAACCUGGACGCUAUCUCAACCUCCUCGAUAAAGAAAUGGAUCUGAGAUUUGAGCGCGAUGCAGAAGGCGAAGAGGUGGGAUCCGACUUCCUUUUUGUACGAUUGGACUCAACCUACGGGGGUCCCUUCGCACAUGUGUCACCUAUGGAUUUAAGUAGCAAUGACUCGCUCACCUCCCAAAUGAUUAUGCCCUCGGGUGAAAUGUUCCCUUGGUACUCUACCAUUGGACUUUUCGCUCAACCGACACCAGUGGAGACUCGUAGUUGUCCCUGGAAUACUUCCGCCUGUCCAAGAAAUGAAGUCUACCUGCGGUUCAACUUUCUUCUCGUGGAGGACGUGGACAGAACAGUGGGUGAAAGAGAUCCAUUCAACCUUGUCACUGUGGAGCCGCACCUCCGCGUUGACUACGAGCCCGCCUCUGGCAUUGUGCGGGCCUCAUGGGCCAAUCAUGUCAUCUCUGAGGCGUGUCUCCCUGGUGGUAUUUCUGAUUGGACCACUGUGGAGGUAGUGGUGAAACCAGACACCGGAGAAAUGGAUCUCGCUAUAUCAACCCCGGAGGGUGAAUGGGCUUUUGGGAAUAUACGCGUGUUUGUCGGUCCACAAGUCUUGCCAAGUUCCCUUCCGCCCGCUGGAAUCCACGUUGGACCUACUAACCAUACUCGAAGAGUCCUCACCGCCGUCAGCGUUGCUAAUGAAGAGAUGACGAUCCUCAAGCGGUCCCGAAGGAAUGUUUAUAGCUAUGAGAGGGGGGCUAACGUCUCAGUAUUGAACUUUGAGGGUACUAACGGCUUCGUGCGCUACGAUUUUCGCAAUCGCAUCAAGCUGCCGCGGUUGGACGCGGAGGUGGGGAGAGAAGAGGUAGCACUGGAUUUUGCCAUCAAGCCAGGUGUCACCUCGGGCCUACUGUGGUUCGCUGAGGGAACUGCGUCCAAAAGUUUCAUCAUUAUCAAGGAUUCCAAGCUCUAUUACAAGUACAUCGAGUACGAUGAAACCCAUGGAGCCAAAAGGAUACUUACCGAAGAGAUCGUCAUCAACGAGACCUUGGAGCCCGGAAAAACGCAUCGUUUGCGACUUAAUCGCUACCAAGAUGUGCUUCGACUGAGCCUUGGCACACAGCAAAGGUUCAGGAAAAUUGUCUCCGGAAAGGCACCAUUGAUUCCAGAGAAUGGAGUUAUCUACAUUGGUGGUUCGGACAAUGCUGCGAUUUCAACUGAUGGUGAAGUAGCUCGAAACUUUGACGGUAGUGUCACUGUAGCAAAGAUUACUCAGGAGGGUUCGGGCAUCUCGAAUCUAAACAUGUUGGAGUUGAUCCGCGAUCCAAAUUGGACGCGUGACGUAUUACGUAAGGGGGACGUGCAAUAUGAGUACCACAUGCCUUUCCGUCCUUCACCGCGACUCCGACCGAAAGAUUCCUCUCUCCUCAUGCCGACGGCAUCAACAAGAGGCCAUGCGGGCAUCACGUUGCACACCUCGCCCAUGCCCGUCACCUUCAUGGGCACCCAAUCUUCAGUGGUGCGUUUCGACACCUGGGACUUCUCCGUCUUCCAUUCCUUCGAAAUCGAGUUCCGUACCUUCGAACCCAAUGGCGUGCUCUUCUUUGUUGGACCGGAUCGUGAGCACACAGACUUUGUGUGUGUGGAAUUAUUCGAUGGAAAUGUCUACUUCGCCUACGGCAUCGGCGAUCACUACAGGCACAUUCAGUUGAACCCGACUUCCCGUAAGGUGAACACGGGAACGGCCCACCGAGUGUAUGUAGAGCGAACGCCUCAGCAUCGCUUCAUUGUGAAGUACAACGGGCAAGAGAUCGAUGUAGAUCAAGGAACCUCGCGGCACCAGGCAGAAUUCUCGAGCUACACCUACUUCGGUAGCAUUGACCAGCCAUCGCGCUUCCCCUGGAUCGUCUGGUCUCGGGAAAACUUUGCCGGUUGUAUCAACUUUAUUCGUGUCAAUGACGACAAAUUUCUUGAUCCUGCCUCUCGAAUGAAUCAGCACACUGAUUUGAGCCGCGGCAUACAGUUUGGAGUCUGCAAAGCUCCCGAUCUCCGUUGCAACCGUGAAAUAUGCGGUGGUGGACAGUGUCACGAGCAAUCCUAUCCCUUCUUUGAGCCAAUGAACUUCGCCUGUGAUUGUUCCGCCUCGGACAAGACCUUCAGAGAGGGUGUGGAGGACAUUCGACGCUCCGAAGCAUGCAACCGUGAUGCACCAAUUGUCGAUUUCGAUGGUGAAACCGUAAUAAUGAUUGACUUUGAGCGCCAGAUGAACACCCUGACAACACACACAGAUGACAUCAACCUGCAAUUCAAGACGGACAGCCUCUAUGCACCACUUUUUGUGGCUGUAUCAACCGCAGAGAAGCAGUACUUCCGUGUGGAGCUCGAAAAUGGUCUCAUAAAAGUCAGCACCAACAUGAAUAAGGCCAGCAAACCACCUCGCGACGCUGUAAGUUCAUUCACAUUUGUCUUCGAUAGAGAUGAGCCAACAAUGCACUUUGAUGGGUGGCACACUAUGCGAAUAGAAUUUCUGCUGCAAAGUCCACGCUUGAACGACAACAACUGGCAUACUCUGCGGAUACGCCGUCGGGCCCAAUUCCUCUACAUCAGCGUGGACAACGCGAGUGAGAACAAUGGAGUGUUGGUGGUGGAAAUCCCCAAGGGCGUCUUUAACAACAUUGCGCAGCAGAUCUAUGUGGGCGGCCCGAUGCCAGAGAACUAUGCCUCCCCACCCUACGGCAACAUGGCGGGCUUCCUUCCCAAAGGAUCCAAGUUUGUUGGUGAAAUGCGCAAUUUCUACUGGAACCAGUACGACUUCUUUGGUACUCGGCAACUGCCUACUCAUUACACCACCGACGUCCUUACGCCGCGUCUUGAGUUGCCAACUUUCCCCAGUUGGCCACGGGAGCCCAUAUACUCCAUUACUUGCACUUCCAAACUCAACUGGGGCACCAUCCAAGUCCCCAUGAAGGCUAAAGAGGCUGGGGACAUGUGGCUGCUGGAAUUCAAGACCAAAUACGACGGCGUUCUUGCUCACGCACGAGAUGAGAAUACGGGGUCGCACUUCACCCUGAUGAUACUCAAAGGUCGUCUGCACCUCAUCUACUCAAUCGGCGGAGUAACGGGUGUCCACGAGAUCAUCAACAGUCCUAUCUCCGUCGCCGACAAUCGUUGGCAUCGCGUCACCUUCGGUCUGGACCGCGUCAAGGGUCGCUUUGUCAUCAUUGUCGAUGAUUCAGCCCCCGAGACCUUCGGGCACCGCUUGCAGCACAACACACUGAACUCGCUAACAUUCGGUUUUGGCGGAGUGCCAGGAAUUUGGAGUAAAAUUUUGGAAAUUAUUCGCCUCCAUGCGCCUACUUCCCUACCCAGCGGCUACGAGGGUAGCCCCCCGGCGCUCACCGGCUGCCUUGGCGGUUUCAGCACUCGCACAGAUCGUUUUUUGGUCGAUUUGCUGAAGAAGUACGAUACACAGUUGGAGAGCUAUCCCACUGGGGAAAUUAUUCGUGGCUACUGCCGUGGUGAGUUUACGAGCUCAUUUGCCGUUAGACCCACAAAAAAAGGCAAUUAUUCUUGGUUAUUUUGCCCUCCCGUUUUCCUUGUCGCAGACCUGGUUAGAUGCACUCCCGACUACUGCCUCCAUGGCGGUGUCUGUACCAAAAUGAGUGAAACUCUUCUACACUGCGACUGCACCAACACAGGCUAUACGGGCCUGCACUGCGAGGAUAGAGUUACCACCUGCCCACGGAACUACUGUCUCAAUGGUGGCAUCUGCACCAUUGUUGGCACCAAUCCCGUCUGCAAUUGCCAAGGCACCGGCUAUUACGGUGACCGCUCCAGGUGUGAUGCUGUCGUCUGCCGACCCAAUUACUGCCGAAAUGGUGGUAUUUGUAGUAUUCAGAAUGGACGCCCCGUAUGCAGUUGUUCCGGUACUGGAUAUGAUGGUCUGCUCUGUGAACAACCCAUCUGCCGUCCGGGAUACUGCAGCAAUGGAGGAAUUUGUCGUAUUCAGGGUGGAUCACCCAUAUGCGAUUGCUCGGGCACCGAUUACGAUGGAAAGUACUGCGAGAACCCCAUCUGCAGACCAGGUUACUGUCAGAAUGGAGGUCGUUGUGUUGUAGAAAAUGGACUUCCGGUCUGCGAAUGUCGGGGAACAGGAUAUGGAGGGAGUCGAUGUGAUCAGCCUAUUUGUACUCCCAGCUAUUGCCAGAAUGGAGGCCGUUGUAUCCUGGAGAAUGGACGACCGGUUUGUGAUUGUCGAGGGACCGGGUACGGAGGAAGCCGAUGCGAUCGGGUCAUUUGUCCUCCAGACUAUUGUCAAAACGGAGGUCGUUGCGUUGUUGAGAAUGGGCGCCCGCUCUGUGACUGUCGAGGAACGGAAUAUGGGGGAAGUCGGUGUGAUCAAGCCAUCUGUCCACCGAAUUACUGUCUCAACGGCGGUCGCUGUAUCGUUCGGGGUGGUCAACCGGUCUGCGAUUGCACAUCCACGAGGUACCAGGGUCGAGUCUGCGAGGUGCCCAUCUGUCGACCUGAUUUUUGUCUCAAUGGAGGCCAGUGCAUUGUGCAAGGUGACAGGGCCGUCUGUGACUGCCGUGGCACGAACCACGAGGGAAUCAACUGUGAGACACCGAUAUGUCGACCCGGGUACUGCAUGAAUGGAGGUAUUUGCACUAUCGUUAACGGACGUCCUGCCUGCGAUUGCUCUAACACGGGCUAUGGGGGACAGUUGUGUGAGCAGCCGAUUUGCAGGCCCGGCUUUUGCCUCAAUAGUGGUCGGUGCAUUGUGCAGAAUGGACAGGCGAUUUGCGACUGUCGAGACACAGGAUUCGUGGGUCAGCACUGUGAGCAAAGCAUUUGCCGACUGGACUACUGCAUGAACGGCGGCAUCUGCUCAGUAAUCAAUGGGCAGCCGGUAUGUGACUGUCGGGACACGGGCUACGGCGGGCCACUGUGCGAACAGUCCAUCUGUCCCGACGGCUUUUGUCUAAACGGUGGACGCUGCACUGUGCAGAAUGGCCGACCGGUAUGUGACUGCAGUGGAACGGACUAUCGGGGUGACCGAUGCAGUCAUCCCAUCUGCCCUCCCAACUUUUGUCUCAACGGAGGUGUCUGCUAUGUUUACGAUGGCAAUCCUCGAUGUAACUGCACUGGCAAUUUCGGUGGUGAUAGAUGCCACUAUCCGGUCUGUCCACCAGGUUACUGUCUGAACAACGGACGCUGCUUCAUUCGUCCGGGUUCCUCCGCUCCGGAAUGUGAUUGUACCGGUACGGGUUUCACCGAUGACCGCUGUUCUUCACCGGUGUGUCCCGAGGGCUACUGUCUUAACGGAGGCGUCUGCCGCGCCUUACCCAAUAGACUGCCUUUCUGCGACUGCUCGUAUACCUCUUUCACUGGAGACAAGUGUGAGGUGCCCAUUUGCUCGCCCGACUACUGCUCCGGCCAUGGAACCUGUCGGGUUGAGCAAGGCCGUCCCGUGUGUGAGUGUCAUCUCGAGUACUGGGGCCCCCAAUGCCAGCUGGAGGUGUGUCCCCCAGGUUUCUGUCACCAUAGUGGCACCUGCUAUCCAGGCCCCGACCGUAGACCCCACUGUCGCUGUCCCGAGGGCUACGAGGGUGACCAGUGCGAGAUGCCUAAGACCUGUCCCCCAGGCUACUGCUACCAUGGUGGCGAGUGCACUAUGCAGAGUGGAAUGCCUGUUUGCAAUUGCAUCAACACCGAUUAUCAGGGUCCCCGCUGCGAGACGCCUAAGACAUGUCCGCCUGGCUACUGCCAGAACGGUGGUUUGUGCACGGUGUCGGGUGGGCGUUACACAUGCAACUGUCUGGCUACGGGCUUCCAGGGCCCCACAUGUAGCGAUCCCAUCGCCUGCCCGCCUGGCUACUGUCAUGGCGGCAUCUGCACUGUCCUGCCUGGAGGACGAUACGUCUGUAACUGCUGGAAGACUGGACUUAGUGGACCCACCUGUGACGGCGAUGUCAAUGGUAUUUACAUCGAUUAUGAGAAGAUCGGCUACAUGGUGUACGAUCUUAAUCCGCCACUGAAGACGAAGGUGGAUAAUGUGACAGUGGGUUUCAAGACCUACGCCCAGUCUGGAACCAUUCUUGACUUCGUCACCACCACUGGAGCGCAUUGGGGCAUCAAGGUGCGCAAUGGUCAUAUAGUCAUAGAUAGAAAUGGCCAGGAGUAUAUGUAUCCCAACGUUGUCAAUGACGGUGCCUACCAUGUCGUCAGCGUAGAGCGCAAAGGAGAUCGGAUGCUAGUAACCUUCGAUAAUGACCAGAUUGCAUCACUGAAAGGAGUGACCAGAGCAUCACUUAUACUACUCUCUACGUCGGCGCAAAUAAGAACAAGGAGGACAUCUUCCAUGGUGCUAUCGGUGGUGAGCCUCUACUGGAACGGUCGCUAUCCCGUAGAUGAGGCAAAGGGUGGACUGCAAAUCGCCACCGGUGAUGUGAUCUACGUGCUCUUGCCGAGUUUCAUACUGCCCGGCAAGAAGCCCGUUCCUGUCUGCCCUGCGGACUACUGUUUCAACGGUGGCGUCUGCUAUGUGGAGGACUACGAGUUGAAAUGUGACUGCAGGCUAACUGGCUGGCAGGGCUCCAGAUGCGAAAAACCUACACACGGUGUUCUGCCCUCGACGAGCGGCAACGGCGCCUACGUUAUCAUCAAAGUAGUGCCGCCGAAGCUCACCAACCUGGAUCGUAUGCGCGUGGCCUUCCAGACUUACGCCACUGAUGGACCCAUCGCUCGUUUCAUGUUGUCCGAUGGACGUUUCUACGAAAUCUACAUGAAAGGGCAACAAGUGUUUGUAUCGAACAGCAAGGAUGAAAUCCGUUUAAUCAGCGCGCCCUACCAACAGUGCGAUGAUGCCAAGAUGCACGUGAUCACUCUGGUUCGCAACGGAAGUCGAUUUGACUGGUCGGUUGACGGUCAUCGCAUCAUCUACGUCGACAAAUCUCUUGUCGAUUCUAACGGUGCGCUGAUCACGAAUGAGCUAAUCCUCGGCGCUGAUCGCAAGUUCACCCAUUCAUUCAACGGCGUUCUUGGAGCGUUUGACUGGAACGGUCAGCUACUCGUAAACGAUAACGGCGAGUUGUCUCCUGAAUCGAACGUGAUGAUAGUACCGGGCCGAGGCGUAGGCAAAAAAGAAGAUGUGGUGAUCGUGGUAAUGCCACACUUCAUGCAACCCCCCUUGGAUACUACUGCUGCACCGCCCCUCCCCUUCCCCCCUCUCAUCCCCCCCGAUGGCAUUCAAGGAGGCGCCAUUGUUGGCGGUGCCGGUGAAGGCAGUCUCUUCGUUCCUUCCAUGGGCUACGGAGGUGGUGCAAGCGGUGUUUUCGCAGGCUCUGGACCACUGCUUCUGCAGGCUGGCGGUGCGGGCUUCUUCGGUCUCAUCAACCCCUGGCUAGCGGGCAUUCUAGUCUGUCUUCUACCCCUCAUCUCCGCGCUCAUUUGGGCCUGCUGGCGAUGCAAGCCCGGUUUCUGUCCCUGCUGCAUUGGCGGCGCAGGGGGCAAGACGGCUGGCGGUAAGUUCCACGACACCAUGGACCGCAUUUCUGCCGGACUCUGGGCGCCUCCGCCGGCUGACAAAGGCCUCCUCGUGAGUUCCAAACCACUUUUAGUGAGUUUUUGUGCACCGUGCUGCAUUUUGAUUUCUGCUCUACUUUCUACGCAUUUUUGA